UGAGACCAACCCUUGAUUUGGGAAGGGGAGGAACCUCAUAACAGGCCAUCUGUAAAGACACAGCAAAAGGACUUUUCUUAGACCUCAUAUGCAGACAGUUGGAGGGCCUGAAGCAGGAGCUCCCUUGGAUUUGGUGACCAGAAGACUUAGUGACAAUGAAUUGGUUCUUUUUCAGGACUACAGGGGCUCUGGCCAUUUUAAUGGUGAUUGUAUUGGUUCAUGGAGAAUUGAGACUAGAGACAAAAAGUCAACAUGGAGAAGAUGAGAUGGCAGUACAGCCAGCCAGAAGAAGAUAUAAACGUGAGUGGGUGAAGUUUGCGAAACCCUGCAGAGAAAGAGAAGACAACUCCAAAAGAAACCCAAUUGCCAAAAUUUCUUCAGACUUCCAAGCAAAUCAGAAAAUUUUCUACAGAAUUUCUGGAAUGGGAAUUGAUGAGCCCCCUCGAGGAAUCUUUGUUAUUGAUGAAAAUACAGGAGAAAUUAACAUAACAUCCAUAGUUGACCGGGAGCAAACUCCAAGUUUUCAGAUCACAUGUCGUGCAAUAAAUAUCCACGGCAGAGAGAUGGAGAGACCACUAGUAUUGGUAGUCAAGAUCUUAGAUGUCAAUGACAAUCCUCCAGUAUUUUCGCAAAGUGUAUUCAUGGGUGAGAUUGAAGAAAAUAGUGCCUCAAAUUCUCUGGUGAUGAUACUGAAUGCCACAGACGCAGAUGAACCGAAUAAUCUGAACUCUAAAAUUGCCUUCAAAAUCAUCUCUCAGGAGCCUGCAGGCAUGCCCAUGUUUCUCCUAAGCAGACACACUGGGGAAGUCCACACUAUGACUAAUACUCUGGAUAGAGAGCAAGUUAGCAGCUAUCGUCUGGUUGUAAGUGGUGCAGACAGAGAUGGAGAAGGACUAUCAUCUCAUUGUGAAUGUAGCAUUAAAGUGAAAGAUGUCAAUGAUAAUUUCCCAAUAUUUAAGGAAUCACAGUAUUCAGGACGUAUUGAAGAAAACAGUUUAAGUUCUGAGUUACUUCGAUUUCAAGUAACUGAUUGGGAUGAAGAGUUUACAGAUAACUGGCUUGCCGUGUAUUACUUUACCUCUGGAAAUGAAGGGAAUUGGUUUGAAAUACAAACUGAUCCCAGAACUAAUGAAGGUAUCCUGAAAGUGGUUAAGGCUCUGGAUUAUGAACAACUUCAAAAAGUACAGCUGAGUGUAGCUGUCAGAAACAAAGCUGAAUUUCACCACUCAGUAAUCUCUCAAUAUAAAGUUCAGUCAACCCCUGUCACAAUCCAAGUAAUCAAUAUAAAGGAAGGUAUUGCAUUCCAUCCUGCUUCCAAGACAUUUACUGUCCAGAAAGGCAUAAGCAGUAAAAAAUUGGUCAAUUACAUCCUAGGAACAUACCAAGCCAUUGAUGAAGAUACGAGAAAAGUUUCUUCAUCUGUCAGAUAUAUCAUGGGACGCAAUAAUGGUGGUUUACUAACUGUUGAUUCAAAAACUGGACAAAUUAAAUUUAUCAAAAACAUAGAUCGAGAUUUUUCUUUCAUACAUAACAAGACAAUCACAGCUGAGAUUCUGGCUAUAGAUGAAACCACAGGUCAAACUUCUACAGGAACUAUCUAUGUUAAAGUACCUGAUUUCAAUGAAAACUGUCCUACAAUUGUCUUCAGCGAGGAUGUUAUUUGCAGUUCAUCAUCUUCUGUGGUUGUCUCAGCAAGAGCACUAGACAGAGACAGAUAUACUGGUCCAUAUACAUUUUCACUGGAGGAGCAGCCACAAAAGUUGCCAGUUUUGUGGAGUAUUACAGCGCUUAAUGCUACAUCUGCACUUUUAAGAGCCGAGCAACAGUUAUCUCCUGACCAGUACAGAAUCCCCCUCAUAAUUACAGACAGUCAGAACCAACAGUGUGAGAUUCCAGAGAACAUGAUACUCGAGGUCUGUCAGUGUGAUGACAGGAACAUCUGUGGAAAUUCUGGUUCAUCCAAAGAUCCCGGAUCUGCAUAUACAAGGAGGUCAUCUGUGAGUCUGGGGCCUGCCGGCAUUGGACUACUGUUUCUUGGCCUUUUGAUGAUGCUUUUGGCCCCGCUUCUGCUGCUGAUGUGUGACUGUGGCUCAGGGGGUGUUGGGGGAGUUACAGGUGGAUUUAUCCCAGUUCCUGAUGGUUCAGAAGGAACAAUUCACAAGUGGGGAAUUGAAGGAGCCCAACCAGAAGACAAGGGUUUGCAUGAAAUCACAAAUAUCUGUGUGCCACCUAUCACAUCCGAUGGUGUUGAUUUCAUGGAAAAUUCUGAAGUUUGUACAAACACAUACGCUGGAGGAACCGUGGGAGAAGGAGCUUCGGGAAUGGAACUGACCCCCAGGCCUGGACCUGCAGUAGGAGCUGGAGCUGCCGGGGGAUUCGGAGCCACUAUCUGCUCUGGAGGACAGAGUGGAACUAUGAGAACAAGGCAUUCCACAGGAGGAAGCAACAGGGAUGGUGGGGAUGGAGCAGUUAAUAUGCACUUCCUGGAUUCUUACUUCUCACAGAAAGUACUUGUCUGUGCAGAGGAAGAUGAUGGCCAGGAAGCAAAUGACUGUUUGCUGAUCUACGACAACGAAGGCAUGGGUGGCUCUGGCUCUCCUGUGGGCUCCCUAGGCUGUUGCAGUUUCAUUGCUGAUGAUCUGGAUGAUAGCUUCUUGGACUCACUUGGCCCCAAAUUUAAAAAGCUUGCAGAAAUAAGCCUCGGACUUGGUGCUGAAGACCAACAAUUUCAACUACCCACCAAUGGCAGGGACUCUGGAAUUGAAUCUUGUGGCUAUGCUGUAGGAAUCCAGAAACAAGGAUCUGAUAGGUGCCAGACUUUGUCAGGCAGUCAAGGAUCUACUCUUGUGCACACUUGCAGUUCUACCUUCCAACCAGCCAUUUCCAUUCCUGACCCUUUGCAGGGUGGUAGCUAUUUGGUAACAGAAACUUACAAGACUACUGGUCCCCUGUUGCAACCUUCCCCGGUAGUCUGCGAUCCAUUAAUCACUCAAAAUAUAACAGUGACAGAAAGAGUGAUCUGCCCCAUUACCAAUGUUCCUGGCAACGUACAAGGUGCAACAGAGGUACGAGGGUCAUGUAAUAUGGUCUGUGCAGAAGAUCAUUGUUCCCUUCUGAUAUAACCAGAAUGGACUAGAAUUACAUACUGACUGAAUAUGGAUAUUUGGAUCAAGUCAUUCAAAACAGCAUAACAAAGCUCAUAUGAAUUGGCCUAAUUUGGAGCUUAUAUGCUCCUGUUCUAAACAGUACUGUUAACAGCUUAAAUUUUCUAAUUCUGACCCCCUAGCUGGAUAUGGCAUCACUUCUUAGUUUCAAAUAUUACUUAAAUGGUAGUAAAGCUUGAUGUUUUUUUUUUUAAAAAAAAAAAAAAGAAGAAGAAAAGAAAAGAAAAGAAAAUUCAGAGGUGAACUUUCCAAAGAACAAGGUUUACCACUUUAAAAGCAACGUAUUUUAGUGGAUUGAGCAUCCAGAGUCAAGAGUCCCAAAUCUUGUCUCUGUCAUCUUCUUUAUAUCAUUAAAAGAGUUGUGAAAGUGUUGAGGUGUUUGUGCCUUGGAGGGAAAGGACCUAGCCAUAGCCAAGUUUUUAUUAUUGAUGCUUUCCAAUAUGCUUGGUGCUGGGUGAAACUAAUGCAUCUUUUGCUCAAGUUAAGAGAUCAUGCGUGAAACCUCUUACACCACACAGUAAAACACUUCUGAAAUACAAAACUUAUAAAACAUGUAGGAAAGUCUACUAUAAUGUAGAUAAUAGUUUUGCUUUUUUUAAUCACCUUGAAAAAAGUCUAUCUGAACAAAACACUUUUUUAAUGGUCCUUGAAAACUUAUUUUUCAAAUGUUAGCAUGUAGCUAUAGCUUACAUAGGACAUGUAGUGGUGUUUGCUAUGGUAACAAUAUCAAGGAGAAUACAAAGAAUGGCUUUUCUCAUAACCAGUAGAAGCCUCUGACUAGAAUUCUUGGUGACAUUGUGAAUAUGUAAUAUAAGGAGCAUUUUAGGUUCGUGGAGGGGGUUCUGAGAUUAUUAGUAGUCUUUGUUUUUUAUGUCUUAUUCCUUUUAAAUCAGUAACAAUAGUUUAAUUCUCACACACAACAACUUUAAGAUAGUGAAGUUUAGAAUAUAGUGUCUUGUUUAUAUGACUGUGGUGGCAGUGUUGUUCUACAAAUCACUGUUAGCCAUUCAAAAUUUUCAGCUCUUAACUCAGAGAGAGUCCUUUCUACUUGUUGCAACUUCAGUCUUGGCUAAGUCUUCACAAGGUCAUUGUUUAGAUCCUCUGUCACUAAUUGCAUAUAAGCUUCUUCUCUAUGUUUGUUGCCAUUUUGAAAAUUUUAUAUUUGUUUCUAGUAUAUGAAAUGCAAAAUAAUAAAACUUAUAUUCAGAAUGGUGCAGUCUAGAAGGUAAUUUGGAGGAAAGAGAUUCCCUCAGUUCCAUAAUAUCUAAUGUUCUUUCCUCAGUGCUGUGGUUAUCAGCAAAGCAUAGCUAGAAUUGCUUGAGAAGUGCUGGGAUGUUCAUCUUCUGAGGCAAGGUAGCAAGAAUUGCAGGUGCAGGUCUCAAGGCUAGAAUAACUGGGCCCUAGAACUCCACCUUCCUAGAACUGAGAAAUUUCAAUUGCUAUUACUACCAGGGCCUCUUCUCAAGAAAAACUUGCUCUGGUUAUCUAGAGUACACAAAGUUGAUUUGUAUCUCUACUUAUAUUUGAGAGUUAAAUAAUCAUAAUAACCCUUAUUCUAAGUUCAAAAGUGUAUUCAGGAAUGUCAAAAUAGUUUAACCUUUCCUCUACAGUUCCAAGUGACCAUAGCAUGGGAAUUUUGCUAGACUGCCAAACUGCAAAAGAAACCAUGCCAUAGUAGCAAAGUUUAUAUAAAGAGAAAAUUAAAAUUAAAUAUCUUCACAGUGAAAGUGUGUUCUCUAGGAGAAUUUAAAUUAAUUUACCAUGUGCAAUUAAACUCAAAGAAACAUAGUAUCUUUUGUCCAAAAUUUAAAAAGUGUUUUAAAUAGGAAGAAAAUUUUAAAAUGACUUAAUAAUACUUUGUGUAUUAUAAAUUUCAAACUUAAACUUUAUCAGUGUAUUGUUGCUCUGGUAAAGCUGGCAAUAUGUGUACAAGUAUUUUGUUAACCAUUUUUGCAUUAUUAAAAUCUGAACUACUUUCUGUAAUUAAAUUAUCAAUAAAUGUUAAAAAAAUGA